AUGCCGUCCCUGGGAUCUCGACCGCCGAGGCUAAUCCCCCUUAGCGGACUUGGACCAGCAUCGUUUGCGACGUGGCGGAGGAGGGUUAUGGCCAUCGUGGGGAGCGCUCCUCGCGUCUAUAUCGCGGCGGUGGCUGCGAGUCGCGAGAGCUCGACCGGCAGCUCGUACACGACCCCGACCGCCUCCUUUUUCAGGGGUUUCGGUUUCCGGUUCGGACACCCGUUCGCAGGGACGAGGCGGUUUUCUCCAUCCCCAAUGAACAUCGGCAAGUCGGUGUCGCGUCUCGACCUGAGCCUGCAAAAUUCAUCUGCCAUGGCGCACCAGGCAAGAGGUCUACCGCAGUUGCGAAUAAAGUUUUAUAAUACGAUCGUCGCCGGUCUCCAAAUAGUCCUCUUGCUCACCGUCCUACCUCAAGAAAGCCUUUGCGGGCGCCACGAGAAACGCUUACUGAAUCACCUGCUCGCAAAUUACAACACCUUGGAGCGACCGGUCGCGAAUGAGAGCGAACCACUGGAGGUGAAGUUUGGCAUCACUCUACAGCAAAUCAUCGACGUGGAUGAAAAGAAUCAAAUACUUACGACCAACGCGUGGUUGAAACUGGAGUGGACGGACUACAAUCUCCAGUGGAACGAGACCGAAUACGGCGGAGUGAAGGACCUUCGAAUUACGCCGAACAAGCUUUGGAAACCGGAUAUCCUCAUGUACAACAGUGCGGAUGAGGGUUUCGACGGGACGUACCAAACAAACGUGGUGGUCACGCAUAACGGCAGUUGCCUGUACGUCCCUCCGGGCAUCUUCAAGAGCACAUGCAAGAUAGACAUCACUUGGUUCCCCUUUGACGACCAACACUGUGACAUGAAGUUCGGAUCCUGGACCUACGACGGCAACCAGCUCGAUCUGGUACUCAACUCACAGGAGGGUGGUGACUUAUCCGAUUUCAUCAUGAACGGGGAAUGGUACCUCAUCGGUAUGCCGGGAAAGAAGAACACGAUAAUGUACCAAUGCUGCCCGGAGCCAUACGUGGAUGUCACGUUCACGAUACAGAUACGCAGGAGAACCCUCUACUACUUUUUCAACCUGAUCGUGCCCUGCGUGCUGAUAUCGAGCAUGGCCCUACUGGGCUUCACCCUGCCGCCCGAUUCCGGCGAGAAGCUCACCCUAGGAGUGACCAUCUUGCUAUCGCUGACGGUGUUCCUGAACCUCGUCGCCGAAACUUUGCCCCAGGUCUCCGACGCAAUACCCCUGUUAGGAUCAUACUUCAAUUGCAUCAUGUUCAUGGUGGCGAGUAGCGUCGUGCUGACCGUUUUGGUGCUCAACUAUCAUCACAGAUCGCCCGAUAGAUACGUGAUGCCAAAUUGGGUGAGAACAGUGUUUCUACAAUGGCUGCCGUGUGUGUUGCGCAUGAGUCGGCCGGGCAAGAAAAUCACGAAGAAGACCAUUCUCAUGAGUAAUCGGAUGAAGGAGCUGGAGCUGCAGGAGAGGAGCAGUAAGAGUUUACUGGCGAACGUUUUAGAUAUCGACGAUGAUUUUCGCCAUGGGAACAGCUCCGCCAAUCCUGCCUCGAGCUAUAUAAGGUCGACGUACGGUACACCGUUGUCGUCCAGGCCGUCGACGGUUGAAGAAACUUCGGCAUCGUUGCCUCUCAGCGGCAUGCAGAGGGAACUUCACACAAUUCUCAAGGAAUUGCAGUUCAUCACAAGCCGCAUGAAAAAGGCGGACGAGGACGACGAGAUCAUUAGCGACUGGAAGUUUGCCGCCAUGGUGGUCGACAGGCUUUGUCUGUUCGUCUUCACGUUAUUCACGGUUUUGGCUACGGUGGUGAUACUGUGUCGCGCGCCACACAUAAUCGUCCAGUAAUAGACUGCCCCGGUCGAACCGAAAAAAUACACAUGCCAGAGAUACCGCCUCCUGGAAUAUUCGGAACGACGUCCGGCAUGAUUCGAGGAGGCGGCUACGCUAUAGGAGCACGUCGAAGUGAAAACGGGAAAAGCGCGGAGAAAAAAAAGAGAGACAGACACGUUUUAGCCUCUUUCGCGCCCUUCUGCGCGACUCACCUCUCCCGAGAGAACAAGGGAACGCGAUCUCGCGUUCUUGGAUUUCUCACAGCUGGGAAUCACCGCCGGUUUGUGCGCCCAGUUCCUUUUCGCGACGUGCUUUCGCUUAGACGCGAAAGGGAGGCAAGCAAGAGUGAGACCACUGACGACGUUCAUAUAGGAAAAGCCACGGGGAGGAUGGACUUCCGGCAGCGACGGCGAAUGCCACCGUAAUUUUUUUAGCGGAGAACACGCCUGGGAAACGUUUCCGGAUUCAAGAGGAAAGAACACGAAAGGAAUGGGAACAAGGAUCCGAUCGCCGACGUCACGCUCCGUUACGACUGCGUUAUUUCGUUUAAGUGACUUAAUUAACGUUUCUAGUGCGGAACCGGUAAGAUAGUCGACGCACAACGCGAGCUGGACAGAGAUUUAGAGGAUGCCUCUAGAUCCGUAGACGAAGGUAGGUGCAGGCGUAAGGGAAAGAGACAGCACGUGCUGUCGAGCGGAUCCAAUUAAAAAAAAAAAAAGUUUCGCGGGCUCCUAUCGAUCGCGAUAUCGACCAGCGAUUGCCGCGACUAUCGUUUGGUGAUCGGGGUCGAUUUCAUUCAACGGCCGAUACGAUUUCGCGAGGAAGGAACGCGUGACAAGUCGACGGCGUCACGAGACAAAGGAGAUCGCGCAGUCCUCGUAAGAGCGUUGUUGCGGCCUUUCGAUAAUAGUUACAAUAACGAUAUUUCUUAUAAUAAUGAGAAUAAUAAUUAACGAUAAUUACUGUUAGUCGCUUUGCGCGCGCGCGCAUGCACGCACGCACGCACGCACGCGCGUUACGACCGAGUCGUAAUUAAUUAACUCUGCGAUCUGUUGAGGGUCUCUCGUAGGGAGCCGAGACGGACAUAAAAAAUAAACUGCCAAAUACUCGAGUCAGGGGUGUUCAACCUUUACAAACGGUAGGAAAGUAAAAGUGCGGCCUGGACGAUCGACAGAGUGAACGCGACCAAUGGCAAGAGCCCGCGUCGUAAGGGUGACUCGUCUGUUUCGUUCGACGAAUAUUUCCUUCUUUCCCCCUCGUGCAUUAUCCGUGGAUAACGAACGCGAUUUAGCGGCGGCAUCUCUCUAGAAAGGCGAGCCCGACAAGGCGCGAACGAAACUUGCGCCAUCGACGAUCGCGCGAUCGACCCUCCACACGCUCGAUAUAUUUUUCCACGUUUCCUCUCCAAUAAAACCCUCCUAUUAUUAUCACGUGCUCGAAAGCUGACAUACGCGAAACCACAAGCGAUCCCUACCUCCCGCAUUUCCGCAAAACCCGCCGGAUAUUU